AUGAGUGCCGCUACAGAUGAGCUAUUUAAUCAAGGUUGGGGUGAUGUCCUUAGUAACAUAUCACCGUAUGCAUGGGGUAAUAUGGGCGUAGCCUUUGGUUUGGCUUUUUCUAUUAUGGGUGCUGCUUGGGGCAUAUUCAUUACAGGCUCAAGUUUACUGGGUGCUGCUGUAAAGGCUCCGCGUGUACGAUCCAAGAACCUUGUGAGCAUCAUUUUUUGUGAAGCGACGGCAAUUUACGGUGUCAUUAUCGCAAUUAUAUUGCAGAGCAAGAUGAACCAGCCUGGAUUGCGUAAUGACGGAGAUGAACCGAUCAAUGAACAGGCGUUGUACUUUGCAGGCUAUGCUGUCUUUGGUUCGGGACUCGCAGUUGGUUUGACUAACCUUGCAAGCGGGGUAUCUGUCGGUAUCGCUGGCAGCAGCUGUGUGCUCGCUGAUGCUCAAAAUGCCGCGUUAUACGUGACGAUUUUGAUUGUAGAGAUUUUCGCUAGUGCGUUGGGAAUCUUUGGUGUCAUCGUGGGCAUUAUUCUUUCCAAUAACGCGGGAUUUCCCAAGUAA